GUGCCAGUAUAUAUAUGGGCCACCCCACCGGCGCUGCGGAGGCCAGUGCCCAGACUCGCGAGAGAUCAGAGAAGGGAAACGAAACGGCUCAGAGAGAGCAGGAAGCAGCUAGCUGCGUUUUCGUGGCGAGGGGAGUAGUUCAGACGUUGCCGCCGACAAGAGCUUCAGGAUGGCGGCGCACCAUGAGGAGGGGAACGAGGAGCUGUUCGAGACGACGUCGUCCGUCUCCGGCGGCGAGUCCGACGCCGACGGCGAGGACCAGUUCCUGGACAGCGCGAGGGAGGGUACGUGUGACCAGGACCACCGCCUGUUCGUGCCGCAGCCGCUGCGGAGGAUGAACUCGGACAGCAUCUACGACAUGUCGUCCAUGACGUUGCAGAUCCCAUCCAAGAAGAAGGGGUUGUCGCGGUACUACGAGGGCAAGUCCCAGUCGUUCACGUGCAUGUCGGAGGUGAGGUGCCUGGAGGACCUGCAGAAGAAGGACAGCGCCUACAAGCAGAAGAUCAAGUCGUGCAAGAGCUACGUCGCGCUGGGAGGGAUGGCCAAGAAGCCCUCCUCGAAUUCCUGCGCGAAUCGGGACCUCGUAGCCGCCAACGGGUUCAGGGCGCCCCCGAUUCAUGUCAACAAGAACGGAUAUCACCAGCAGGCGAGCUAGAGUACUGCAGGAACGUUUUUGUUCUCGAGGAUCUCUGAAUUUCUUUUCUUUUCUUUUUUGUCUUCCCACUACUUCUGCAGGAAUUUUCUUCACGGGCGCAUUAGUCUCUGAAAUUUUACGUGUUAAACUGUUCCUUGCUCUUAUCAAUAGAGAAACUUAGACCGUUUCGCA